UUGCCUCAAAUUUUAGCCUUCAUUAUUAGCAUUUUAAAAAGUGAUAUUAGCACUUUUAACAUGGCAGUCUUGGCCUCUUUUUUUAACUGUAGGAAAGUAUGUUUUUUUUUCUUCUUAACUAAGUAAAUUUCUUUGCUACAUGAGGACUUGCUAUUUCAGCAACUACACAAUACAGAGCAUAUUCUGAAAGCCCUUGAAUACACACAGCUUUUAAGAAAUAUAUAAACCCAAUUGGGAAAGAGUAACGUAACCUAUCAAUUUUCUACUUAUGGAAGCUUUUCUAGAAUUAAUGUUUUCUCUUCAAUUCUCACAGAUAUAAUAUGAAGAAUAAGAAGAAAUAUAGAAGCUGUAGAUGCCGAUUUUGUGAGAAUUCCAGCAGCAGAAAGCUUUCACUGGCUCUGCACACCUUACGUCCAUCAGGAGUGUCCCAGUGAAGCCACCUCCUUCUUUUUGACUGACCAAUGGAACUGCCUGGGGCUUUGCUGGAAGAAAGGGAUGGCAUAAUGUCAUGUCUAACACUACAAGCAUAUCAAAUUUUGUACUUGCUGGAUUUUCUGGAAAUCAAGAGGCUCAAAUUUUACACAGCAUUGUCUUCUUGAUAACAUAUCUCUUUGUCCUGGUGGGAAAUCUUCUGAUUAUUUUUUUGAUACUGUUCAAUCGCUACCUGCGUACCCCAAUGUAUUUCUUUUUGAUCAAUUUAGCUAUUGGUGAUCUUGGUGUCACCUCUGCCAUUAUACCCAAAUCUAUUGUUAAUACCUUCAUGAAUUCCAAAUUGAUUUUGUAUUUUGAAUGUAUGACACAAUUGUUUUUCUAUGUUUCUUUCCUAUCAUCAAAUUUAUUCUUUCUCACUAUCAUGGCUUAUGACAGAUACAUUGCCAUCUGUCACCCAUUACACUUUGCAUCCAUAAUGAAAUGGUCCACUUGCUUCCAAAUGGCAGGAGGAGCCUGGGUGCUUGGAUUUCUGCAUUCAGCUUUACACACAUGGAAUAUUUUUUCAAUGCUUUUCUGCUCCAAUAUUAUCAAUCAGUUCUUCUGUGAAGUUCCUCAGUUAAUCAAGCUCUUUUGCUCUGAUUCUUAUCUCAGAGAAACCUGGGUACUUGUCUUUAGUUCAUGCUUAGGAGUAGGCUGUCUCUCAUUCAUUAUCUUGAGCUAUGUGCAGAUUUUUUCCACUGUGCUGAGAAUGCCUUCAGUUGAGAAAAAGGAAAAGGCCUUCUCCACUUGCAUCCCCCACCUCAUUGUAGUUUCCCUAUUCAUUGGUAGUAGCCUCUUGGCUCACCUGAUAUUACCUGCCAAAUCUCCAUCUAGACUGGAUCAAGUAUUUACUACACUAUAUACUAUGGUGCCUUCACUAAUGAAUCCAAUAAUCUACAGCAUGAGGAACAAAGAUGUAAAAGCUGCCUUUUUGAAAUUGCUUGGCUGGAGAUUAUUUAGCAAACAAUGUUAAUUCC